CCUUGCAUCGUUUUAUCCUUCAUACUCAGUUUGGGGUGCCUAGAGUUCACAAUGUUUUGCUGUUUCUUUUAGUAUUUCAGUCGUAAAUCGAGUUUCAUGUGGUCCAAUUUUGUUUGAUAGCUGUACCUCUCCCACUCUUUUUCAAGGAUAUUCAUAGAUGGAGCACAGAUUGGCUAAUUUAUGGAGAUUGCCAACGAACAACAAGCAAUUCGUUGAAACCGCCUUGGCUUCCGACCUCAGAGUCGACGGUCGGCGCCCUUUCGACUAUAGGCGUCUCUCUAUAAAGUUUGGCCGGGAAGAUGGGACUGCAGAGGUGCAGCUCGGACAAACUCAUGUGAUGGGAGUUGUCACUUCUCAGUUAGUGCAGCCUUAUCGUGAAAGGCCGAAUGAGGGAAGCCUUGCAAUAUAUGUUGAACUAUCUCCCAUGGCUGAUCCUUCAUUUGAGGCAGGCCGUCCUUGCGAGUCUUCUGUGGAGUUGGGACGCAUAAUUGAUCGUGGAUUGAGGGAAAGCAGAGCUGUGGACACAGAAUCUCUCUGUGUUGUUUCUGGGAAGUGGGUUUGGUCUAUCCGCAUUGAUCUUCACAUUCUAGACAAUGGAGGGAAUCUUACUGAUGCUGCCAAUGUUGCUGCCUUAGCUGCCCUUUCAACAUUUCGUCGGCCUGAAUGCACAUUGGGAGGAGAAGAUGGUCCAGAAGUAAUAUUGCAUCCCCAGGAGGUUAGGGACCCUAUACCUUUGAUUAUACACCACUUGCCUAUAGCAGUCACAUUUGCAUUUAUUGGCCAAGAGAACAUUGUGGUGAUAGAUCCAACCCACUAUGAAGAGGUUGUCAUGGGAGCUAGAAUGACUGCCACACUAAAUGCAAAUGGUGAUGUUUGUGCAAUUCAAAAGGCAGGAGGAGAUGGUAUCAUGCAGAGUGUCAUAAUGCAAUGCCUACGCAUCGCCUCAGUUAAGGCUUCAGAUAUAACAGACAAGAUCAAGAUUUCGGUUGAAUCAUACAACAAGGAAAGAGCACUCAGAAAGAUCAAAUGGCACAAAGAGGCUACCAAUGCAGUUGGUGUUGUCAAUCAUCAUACUCACAGGGAAAUAAAUAAUUUGACUAAACAGAAUAUGAAAGAAAGAGUAAAGCGGGAGUGGGGAGCGAGUGAAGGUAAUGAUGACAUGGAGGUUGAAACACGGCAAUUUUCAGAGUCGAAUGAGACAGAACCAGGAUACCAGAAUCCAGAAGCUUCUUCAUCGAUAGCAAAUGAAAUAUCUUCCAACAGAGAAAUCACUUUGAAGGAUGAUGCGAGGACUGAGCGCAAGAGAAAGAAGAAGAAUAAAGGCUCAAAUCCAUCCGGAGGCUUUUUUGUCAAGGUCUGAUUUGAGUAAGUUGUGUAACCCAUUUGUAAGUUGGGUAAUUGUUUCUGGAGGGUAAUCCAACUUGCGCUACCCCAUCAGCCCCAUUCUGUUAUUCUUUAAUUUUUAUACAUUAGUUGGUGAGUUGGGCUGUUUGUGUUUCCACUUAAUUUUUGUCAAAAGAAGUUCAAUACCAUGUUUGAGUAUGUUACCUUUUGUGAAAAGAUGCGGGAAAGAGGUAUGUUACAAGAUGAUUUCUAGGGGUGAGCACUGCUACAAGAUUGGACUGGAACCGGUUUGGAUUGGAACCGGAAUCACCAAAGUAAUUGGACUGAAGAUUCUGGUCUAAGACCGGACCGGACCAGAUUAUUCCAGUUUUGACCGGAGUCAUUGGACAG